UAGUUCUAGUUCUAUUAGUUCAAGAUAUAAAAAAAUUAACCUCAAUUUCCAAAUUAGACUUCAAAUUUGCAUUUGUCUAUUUAUUGAACGAAGCAAGUAUACAAAAUGUCAAAGUUUAAAAAAACUGGUGCUAAGACAAAUGAUAAUUUGAAUAUUUCAAAAGAUGAUUUCGAAUCUCCAGUUGUGUUCAAGAAAUUCAAACCAUCUAAUAAAAUCAUCAAUACCAAACGAGCCAAUAAUAAAAAAACGAAAAAACAAUUAACGUUACAUCAAGUUUACCAAGAUAAUUUCAAAUAUUCUGAUGUCGAUUCGGAACAAUUACAACUUGCGUUAGCAUUGUCCAGGUCAAUGAGUGAAAUACAUAAUGAAUGCAGUGAAAAAGAGGAGUUUCCUUUAGCUUCUCAAAAUGAUGGAAAGAAAAAGACACUAUUAGAAUUUGGUUUCAGAACAAAUAAACCCAAAAUAAAUGUGGAAAAUAAAAUAUUAAGGAAAGAACCUUUAAAAACUAAUAAAAAAUCAAAAUUUCGGUUUAUAACUCCUAUUCUUAUGAUGAGAACAGAAGAAGACCGGAAAUCUUUAGUACAAUUGAAAUUAUCAGCAUUGAUUGCACAAAAUCCAGUAGAUUCUUGUUAUAUUCCAAAAGGCCCUCCAGAGAUUUCGAGUGAAGAACUUGAAAAAAUAAGGUGUAUACAAUGUUCAAUUUUUUUUUUUGAUCAGAAAAAUACGUCAUCCGAUAAAGAUCUUUUUCUAGUACCACAUUUAAAUAUUGAAGGAUCGAGAGCUAAAACUGGUUCAUUAUUGAAGGAUUGGAAGAAAAUUCCCUUACGAGAUCAUACUCCAGAACGUUCAAAAAUUAAAAAAUUACAUUCAGUUGAAAUCUCUGAAAUUAAGACUUUUGAGAAUAACGAAUCAAGAGUUAUUUUGCAUUCAAACAUAAUGAAGCUGCCAAAACCAGAAGGAAAGGAUGAACUUCAGAAUUCUUUCAUUAAUUCUCAGUUGUCAGUAGAGUACUAUGAGAGUCCUGUUUCACCUGAUUUAUUUGAUAGUUAUUGCAGUUCAUCAGAAAAUAAGGCAUUGUCACCUUCAGAAAAAUCCUUAAGAAACACAAAAAAAGAUAUUGAAAAUAUAUCCACUCAAACAAAAACAGUAUAUGAAAAUAAGAUGGAAAGUGUAAUAGAGGAAAAUUUCCUAUCAGAUUUCAAUAGUUUUACAAAUGAAGGUUGUAAAGUGCAUUUGGAAAAAACUAUUGAACAAGAAAGCAAGAGUUCUUAUUACAAUAAUGUAGAAUUGUCAAAAAAUGAAUAUGAGGAAAAAAAAUUUGAUAAUGGUAUUGAUUUGAAAUUAAAAAAAAGACCUGAAAUUUGUUUAUCUGUUUCAAGCAUGAGUAAAAAUAAAAUACAAAAUUUAGAACCUCAAUCAAAGGAUAGAGGAGAAUUAUAUGAAAAUAAUGAUUCUUUUAAUGUGCAUACUGUUGUUGUUAGUUCAGAUGAAGAAUUUUCUGUUCUAGAAAAUUCAUUAGUCAAAGCAGAAAGAUCAUUAAAAGUUGUAAAGAAUUUUAAUGAAGAUUUAGAUCCACUUGAAAAAUAUGAUCCUGAUAUUACUAAAGAUUCUAAAAUGUCGAAUAGAAUAUUGCAAAAUGAUCUAUAUUGCCUAGAUGACAAAGAAGACAUAGACUGUCCAUUGAAUAUUUCUGAUAUUGUGAAUAAUGCAAAGAAAAAAUAUUCAAAUGAAAUAGUUUUUAGUUCUGAUGAAGAAAGAAUCGAAUGUUUGUCGGAUAGUUUGAAAAAACUAAGAAAAAAAUAUAUUAAUUCUUCAUUUGAUACUUCGCUGAAAAUAUAUAACAAUUAUCAAUCUGAUGCCUUAAAAGAACGCAAUUUAUUUGAAAGAGACACAUCAAAUUAUUCUCAUCAUUUCGAUUCAAACAAAGACAUUGAAGAAAAGGAAAUCAACCAAAGAAGUUUGCAUUGCUUUCCAAACCUUGUGAAUAAAUGUGAUAAUUUAGCUGAUAUUAUUUCUAGUUCAGAUGAAGAAAAUUUCAAUAGAAUAAUAGAUGAGAAAUUUAUUAAUAAUAAGUUUUUGGAAGUAAAAAAUGAUCUUCAAAGUAUCAAUAGAGAAAAAGUAUCAUUUGAAGUCACUGAAAAAGUUGGGGAGCAAUCUGAAGGAGACAAGGAAAAAACCCUCAAUGCUAAUACUGAGGACUUCGAAAUGCCUGAAAGAAUAUUGUCACCUGAUAGUGAUAAUAAUAUCGAAUCAGACUAUAUACAUUUUAUGGAUGAUAAAGAAAUGGAGUGUCCUUUUAAUAUUUCUAAAAUUGUCAACAAUGUGAAGAAAAAAUAUUUGGAUGAAAUUAUUUCCUCCUCCAGUAAAAAAACAAAAAUUGAACAUUCAUCUGAUAGUCUCAAACUGAAAAAAUUUAGUGAAAAAUAUAAUAAUAUGAGUAAUUGUUCCUUUGAUGUUUCACUUGAAAAAUUCAACAAUGCUCAGUUCAGUUCUUCUGGAGAACACAAUUUAUCUGAAAAACCAUCAUCAGAUUCAUCUAGUCAUCUCAAAUUAAUAGAAUUUGAUAAAGAAAAGGAAUUUAGUGAUGGAAGUUCAGUUUGUUCCCCAAAUUAUUUUAAUGAAGGUAGUAAAUUUGUAGAUAGUAUCAUCUUGAGUUCAGAUGGUGAUAAUUCCAAUACUGAAAUUGAUGGAGAAUUUAUAGCGUCAGAUAUCAAAUCCUUGGACAUUUUAUGCAACUCCCAAAUGGACUAUUCUUCUGAGAAGUCCAAUAUAAUGAAAUCUGAAUUAUCACCAAAUCUUAACCAAUCAGAUAUAUUGAGCUCAAGGAAAUAUAGCUCUCUUGAUACUAAAAAACCUGAAGAAUUGUCAGAUAACUUCAGUGAAUCUUUACUAGAUCAUUUUUUUGAAGGAAAUUUUCACAAUAGUAAAAAUAACAGUUCAGGAUCUGAAGAAAUAUAUAACUCUGUUGAAUCUCAUAUUCAAACAGGAGAAUGUUGGAAUUUCAAGUCAGCUAAGGUCAAUAACGAGCAUGAAGACUCAGAUGUGAAAUCUAAAACACCACUGCGAAAAUACACAAGUUUUAUUGAAAACUCCACACCAUCAAAAAUGACUAAUUUCUCAAAACAUAAAAGUGAGUCAAAUAUAACUCCGAAUAGAAAAUUUGUUAUAAAGACAACAGAUAUUACCCCAAUGGCAGAUUACAAUGCCUUCAGUACACCCGAAAUAGUUCAAGAAUUAGGGAAAUUUGGUUUGAAACCAUUGAAAAGAAAAAGAGGGAUAAAUCUACUAGAACAUAUUUAUGAAACUACUCAUCCAAAAGUGAAAGCCCAUCAAACUGAUGUGAAAACUUUGCCUUUAGUAAAGAGAAGGAGAAGUGAUGAAAGUCAGAAGAUAAAAAACCUUGAUAGGGAGAAUCUCAAGUCAGAAGUAUUGAACAGAUGGUCUGGGUCAAUUUCUGAAAGUGAAGCAAUAUUUGAGAGACAGCGAUCAACAAAAUUACCAACAUGUCAAGUACCUCUACAGAUUGUUUGGCAUAAUUUUUUGAAUGAAAAUCCCAAAAUUUUGGAAAAUAUUUUACUUUACGAGCCUUUGCAAAUUGAAGUGAUUCAUAAAAUGCUGAAGGAAUUGGGUUACAAAUUUCAUUUACAGGAUUUGAUAACAUUUAUGGAUCAGAAAUGCAUAACUAUUCGAGUGGCCCAAACUCAACAUAUUAAAGUGAAAUGAUUUUUUCUUUCCAUAAAUUUCAAUUUAUGGUUGUACAUUCUAUACAUAUAAUACAUAUAUUUUAUUUAUAUUUUGUAUUUCAAAAAUGUAUCUUUUAGGGAAUAAAAAUCUGUUAUUAUAUGUUUA